AUGGGGUGCACUCCGAGUGCCCUCGCCGAGGCGAGGUGCACAACCGAGCAGGUUCUGCAGGGCAGGCCCGCGCGGCCUCCAGCGGGCGCUGCGGGGCGCGAGCGCCCCGCGCAGUUCACCAUCCGGCUGCACAAGGGCGCCGGCGACGCGAUCGGCGCGAGCCUCGGGGACGUGCCGACGGGCGCGGUGCUGUACUGCGCCCAGGAGGGCGGCGUCCUCGACAGGUGGAACAAGGAGAACCCCGACGCGGCCGUGCGGCCCGGUUUCAUCAUCGAGCAGGUGAAUGGGGUGCGCGGGUACUGGCGAUUGCUGGACGAGUUACGCGGCCCGGGGCCCCUUGACGUGAGGGUCUCCACGGUGCCCCCGCCGUCGGCGGGCCCAAACUGGUUCGAGACCAUGGCGAAGAAGAUCGAGCUGUCCAAAGACAGGAGCCAAUUCAUGGUCCGGCUGCCAACGGAGGCCUCGCAGGACGAGAAGGAGCUCUGUGGCCCUGCCAGCAACGGCCCCAUUGCGUUCGUGAAGGAGGCGUGCCAGGCCGCCACCUCGACGAGCUUGCAGCCCCAGAUGGUCCGGGGGGGCACGCGGUGCAAGGCGCCAAUUCGCAGCGUGGGCCGCGGGGCCGGCAGGGCGCUCGCCAUCAUCGGCCGAAGCGACAACAUGCACGUCGCGCGGCUGGUUUCCACGCAGAUCAUGCUCGCCAGCGGCUCCGCGCGGUUUACGCAGGAUCAGGAAUCCACGGCGCAGCAGUUUACCAUCGCGUCGAGCGUGCUGCAGGCUGCGGGUUUGGCCACCUUCCUCCAGGCCUCGCUUGGCCGCGACCCGCUGCAGCGCUGGGCCCCCGAUCGCGAAGGGGAGCACAGCGGGGCGGAGCCCUCGCAGGAUCGCGCGGCGGCGCCGCUGCUGCUGGGCCGACGUCGCGCGGAGCUGACGUCGAGGCUCGCGCCGCGCACGGGCGGGCGCGGCAACUCCGACGACCGCUCGGGCUGGGCCAGCGCGCAAUCGGAGAACGGCAUCGCCCAGUCGAGCGUCGGCGGCUACGAGCAGUAG